AUGUCUAUCAAUCCGGGGUUUUCCACUGAACCUCCUGGCGGACCAGGCGAUCAAUUAGUUUUGAAGAAUGACGAUAGCAUUGGUGAAAUUAUCAAUGGGCAUAAUCUCAACGAUCUAGGCAAAAUUGUCCUGAAGCUCCUCACUUCUCCAAAGUUUAGCCAGACUACGGAUACAGAGUCCAGCCAGAUCGUGGAUGAUCCAAUCCCUCAAGCUUUGCCAAAUGAGAUUGCAGCUACAAUCCGUACACUUUUGUGCCAGAUCGGGGAAGAUACAAAUCGUGAAGGUCUUAAACAAACACCCGAAAGAUACGCAAAAGCACUUCAGUUUUUCACAAAAGGAUACAAGGAGAAAGUGAACGAAGUGGUUAAUGGCGCCGUUUUUAAUGAAGAAAUGGAGGAAAUGGUGGUUGUGAGCGACAUUGAUAUUUUCAGUUUGUGCGAACAUCAUAUGUUGCCAUUCUUUGGAAAGGUAUGUCUUGCCACCGCCUUCCGCUCCCCUAGGAUCAAGUUUGUGUACAUCUGA